GGUUAUUUAUGUGUUUACCUUUUGUUUUUUGUUUUUUAAAAACUUGAAUUAUGAUUGAGAGAAUUUAAUUUCUACCGGAGAUAUAUAAUAAUAUCUAGUUUUCAUAGGUAAAUUUAGAAGCUGAAAAUUUGUCAGCAAAAAAUUCUCACAAAUAAAUAUUUUUCAGAAUGCUUGUAAACACUAUUACAUUCAAACAUGCAAGAGUCGGCAUGCAGCAUGGACAAGUUGUCGGAAUGGAAACUCCCGGACCAAGUGAUGAAGCUUCACAGGUUGAAGCUGAAGAAGAGAGCUCUCCAGGACCGCAUGAACAAGCAGACGACGCCAGCCGCAAGUGAUGCUGCAGAUCGCGAAUGCGAACAUAAUGACUCGGUUGAAGAUGGCGGUCACAAGAGGCACAAUCCAUUCAAGACUGCUUUAGCAAACAACAAGAAAUUAAGAGCGGAACAAGUAAAAACUUCAGAGAGCAGCGUCUUUGAAAUUUUGCACAGAGUAGAUUCACCGUCCGAUUCACUUAGCACAUCCUUGUUCGAAGGCGCGUUUGACAGACAGUCAGGCGAGAGCAGUGGAGAAGUGAAAGACGAGAACGAAGGACGCGAAAGUAAGCACAUCCCCAUCGACUGGACCCUGAAGACGAAGAUACGCUUCAUGUCCACGGUGCCUUUCCCGUGGAACGAGAAGCUGAAGACGUCCGAGGAAGCGUCGGGGAUCACCGGGUUCGUGCGCUGCCUGGGCUCCGGCAGUCUGGACACGAGCCCCAACGCGCAGUUCCACCAGUGCUGCUUGGUCUGGCAGCACCCGUCCCUGUCCUGGGUGAGCCUCUUCCCGCGCGUCCGGACCGGCGCGGCGACCGGCACGAGCAGCCUGUUUGCGUCCGACCCCAAGAUCAGGAGCACGCUGUUCGCAGACUGGAGCGCGAGCUUCCGCUCGUUGUUCCAGCUGGUGCGGGCGUGCCAGUGCCCCUACUUCUACGUCUGCGCCAACACCUUCACGUGCCUGUUCCGGGCGGCGGGCAUCGGCGGCCGGCCGGACAUAAGCGUGGUGCUCACGCCCACGACCCGGGGGUUCCGCCAGCAGCUCUCCGAGGACGACGUGGCCUUCUGCAUGCCCCUGAAGAGCAAGGCCCGCGCGUCCGAGGGCCCCGCCGAGACGCCCGAGGCGGGGCCGGAGGACGAGGACGAGGACGAGGAUGAGGACGAGGACGAGUGGCUGGAGAGCGUGGGCGUGUCGACCGAGGAGAUCUCCAAGCUGAACUCGGUGCAGUCCAAGAUCGACCACCGCCGCGAGAAGUCGGUGGACCGGACGAAGGAGUCCCUGGUGCUGGUGGAAGGCGUGGACGUGUUCUCCCUGUUCAACUUCCUGCUGAACUGCAAGUCGUCGGUGGCGGCGGUGGGGCCCCUGGCGGGCGUGCCGCCCACGCUCCUGGCCCCGGUGGCGUUCCACGGGGCGACGCUGCAGCCCCUGAGGGUGCGCCAGAGCCGGGUGAACGUCCAGAACGCCAGCUUCUACUCGACGGAGGUCCAGGGCCCCGUGCUACCGCACACGGUUCAUGAUCUGUGCUCGUUGCUGACUCGGUCCGUGGAGGAGUUCUCGGCCACGUUUGCGAACGUGGAGUCGACGUGUGCCUUCUCUCUGGCGGAGUCCGGCUCGUCUCGGGGCGGCGGCGAGACCGGAGACCAGGUGGUGUUUGAUAAGGAAAAGCUUAGUGAUUGUGGCUUGCUGAAGUCUGUACUAGAAAAAUUCUGCUCACCACAAAUUUCACCAGUCCAGCUUCUUGAUACUGUCAAAUUUUCCAACAAUAUGUUCACUUGGUCUGAUUAGAGUUGUAGCUUUUUUUUAUGAAUUCACAAUAUAUUUUUUAAAAUUUUAACUACAUAAGAGUGUCAGUUGUAAAAAAACCACACAUUUUCAAGAAUUAGAUUAUUGCUCCGAUUUUAUAAAAUACAACAAUUUCAGCAAUCAUGUAUUCAAGUGGUCAAACUAUAUGAUUAAACAAGUACCGUCAGUAUACAUUUACGAGUCCCUACUUGGUACUUCUUAUGUAAUGUACAUAAAGUUUUUGCGACUGCUGAAGGAUUGUGGUUCAAAAUUAAAGGCUGAUAACUCUAAGAUAGUUUCUCUGUAAAAUAAUUGUAAUUUUUUUUUGCAAGAUUGAUUUUCUCACCACUAUCAAUUAUAUACCACUAUAUCAAUUAUUAAAAGCCUCUGUAAACUAAUUUUUCAGCUAGGUACCUAUAUGAAUUCUUUUAUUUUGAAAUGCACAUUAGUUUAUAAUCAAUUUUGGUCUUGAAAUUACAAUAAUUUUAAUUAAUUGACUGCUAUGUAAAAUCAUUGUUUUUAAAUAAUUGAAGAAAUGGAACUGAGUUUGUUUUCAUAUUGUAUCAGUAAGUUUUUUUAUCAGGGGACAAAAUUAUAAAGCAUAACUGUGAUAGAAAGCACUUAAAUCCUUUAAAUGAUGGAUAUUAAGCAUUAACACUCAAGCUCUAGUGAAUUCAUAGUUUGUUUAGUACUAGAAAUACAUUUAGGGCUAAUUUUAAUAUGUUUUACAUAGUUAGUCAAACAAGAAUAAAUGUGAACUAUAGAACUGAAUUUUAUUGUAAUUUAAUUACAUUUUCCACCUGUACAUAUUCGUUCAUAAAAUUGUAACAAUAAAAUUUGUUUAAUUAUUUGUUAUCUUUUGUGCUUUCUUUCGUAACACUUGCGUUUGAGAUACGUCAUAUAAGGUAUAAGUAAUUUUAGUUACUAAAACUGUUUUCACGUAAGCCUUACAAUAUUUAAUCAGUAAGCAGGAUUAAUUUGUUCUAAUUUUAAGUACAGAUCUGUAGGUUAUUAUAAGUAAUGAACUCCUAUAAUUUUUUAACGCUAAUGUGAAAACAUGCCUUAAACUAGCAAAAAUGAUUUUUUGCUAUUGAAAAUUGAUUACUCUCGUAAAGUUCUGUGACUGUAGGGUUAAAUACGGAAAUUAGGAAAACGUUAAUUUAAAGCCACUAAUUUUAUGAAUCUAGGUCUUGACGUAAAUACAGUUUUAGUUGUAAAAACACCGUCCUCUAGAUUAUCUGUGGACAAAAAAAGUUUGUUUUUGAGAGACAAAUUGUUGUGUGUUAUAGUUACUAAUGAAAAUUGUGUAUGUGAAAAUUUUUAUAAGAAUUUGCAGGAGAAAAGACAUUCUUUGAAAUGUUUUAAUAAACAAAUGUUGUGAAUUAUUUUCAAAAA